AUGGUCACAUUCGCACCUAUCAUCGACCAGGUGAGGAAGUGGUCCGUGAAAUACGACGGUGGGCGAGAUCCAUUAGCGUUCGUUGAGCGAUUGGAAGAGCUCUCCGAAGUCUACAUGAUAAACGUUGACAUCCUUCCGAGAACCAUGCCCGAAUUACUGUGCGGUAACGCUCUCCAAUGGUAUCGCAACAAUAACGAACAUUGGAAGAGUUGGWCCACUUUCAAAAAGGACUUUCUGCGUUUCUUCUUACCAGCACGUUACUUCGAACGCCUGGAAGAUAACAUACUGCAACGAAGACAACACGUACGAGAAAAAUACAAGGACUACGUUCUGGCUAUGCAGAACUUAAAGCGACGCGCUGGCUAUAAUCCGGAGGAGCGACUGGAGAGAAUUUUUCGAAACAGUCACACCGAUUAUCUGCUCUACAUUCGGCGGCGAGACUUCGAGACUCUAGCCGAACUCAUCACACUAGCAGAGGAGUACGAAGGUAUAUAUGAAGGACAACGACGAGGAGUAGAACCACCUAGACGUGAGAUGACGAGACACAUCAUAGAUGACCACGAGGUGAGAAAUGCAAGUAAGCCGUUACUACGUCCACCACAACAGCACGCGUCUCCCCAACAUAACACUACGGUCGAUGCGCAUCGUCAGCAACCAUCUACGAGCAGAGCCUUUAUGCCGGGAAAUAUAUGCUUGAGAUGUGGCCAGGAAGGACACCAUGCUAGGAGAUGUCGUAAUCCCAGGAAGCUAUUUUGCAGGGAGUGUGGUCGAACGGACGUGCUAACGAAAGAGUGUUGUCAUCAGCAACAGGAAAACGACCAAGGGUUUCGAAAAGACCAGUAA